AUGCGUCUUUGUUUUUAUCUUUGGGCUUUUGUUUUGCUCUCGGCUGUUAACGCUAACAGUCUAUUGGAACUUUUGCAAGAACGUUCCGAGAAUGAUUGCAAAACAAUUAUGGAUCUGUUUAUUAUACUGGAUUCUUCGGGAAGUGUUGGUGUACCUGCCUUCGAGCAAGCGAAAUCUGCAUUAGUUGAUUUAGUCUCCCAGUUACACAUCGGACCUAAGAAGGUGCAAGUCUGGGUAAUCAAUUAUGGUUCAGUGGUAGAAACACCCAUUGCUUUUCAUAAUAUGCCCAUGGCGGACUUUACCAAAGAGAGAUUAAUACAACAAAUUCGAGGUAUCCGUUAUAUGAAUGGUGCCUGUACUGCUACGGGAGAUGCGCUCCAAGAAGCUAGACGCAUCUGUGAUAAAUCCUGUCGAAGCCAUCGUGAAGGUGUAUCGAGAGUCGCUCUCGUGUUUACAGAUGGUUACAGCAAUUGCGGUUCACCAGUUGGUGUUGAAUCGUCUAGUUUAUUGGCUAUCACAAAAGCCAGUGUCUUCGCUGUAGGUAUAGGUUCUGGUGUGAAUACUGCUGAACUCAAUACAAUUGCUACCGAUAAAAAAUAUGUUAUACAUGUCGACAAUUACGUUAAUCUAAUUGCUGCUAUGAAUAAUAUCACUAUUUACACGUGUGGAAUACCAGCUUUCGUUAUACCCAAUGUCAAAGUCGAGACUUCAGCACCUAUGAAUACCUUUCGGUAUUAUCAAGUCGAUACCACUGAACUUCUUCGACAAAGCAGAAAUCAUCAAGGAGGAUUUAUUGAAAUCAGUGCCAAUGUUCAUCUGGGUAAAGUCGAUGUGUACACUUCCACAACUGAAUCUAAUCCAGGACCCGGCACCGGACAACGUGUAGCUUUUCAAACUCGAGGUGGUGAAUUAUACUAUAUGGAAUAUAUUGAAGAAGAUACACCACGACUUUAUUUCAGUUUCUACGGUCUUCAACAAGAAAAUGAAUAUGAUUUCACUGUUCAAUGGUUGGAUCUUCAGGGUGGUAUCAUUGGUUAA